UGCUCAUCAUGCCUCAGCUCUCCCUCCCACGUCUAGAGUCUGGUAACGACGGGGCCCUGACGAGAACAUCCUCUCUGGGAAGAUGCUGCAGACGAAGUGCAACCGUAACGACAAACCGCUGCUCUCACCGACUCGGGAGUCGGACGACGCCCACUAGUCAUGGCCACGUGACCGACGCGGUAUAGUUCAAUUAGCGACGCGACGCGUGUGGUUCGCGUCCUAAACCAUACGAUCGCCACUCGCAAACCGCCACUCUCAGCCACUGCCUCCGCAACCGUUCUACACGCGUGAAACUCACGACCGCAAGUAUGGCACCUACCAAGCAGGCACCGACACGCCAGGCGAUCACCCUGAAGGGCUCUACGAACCUUGUCACCGAAUUCUUCAAGUUCGCUGCAAACACGAUACUGUUCCAGCGCGGUGUGUAUCCUGCUGACGACUUUCACAUGGUCAAGAAGUACGGGCAGACAGUUCUGGUUACACAAGAUCUAGCCCUGGAGAACUACCUGGAGAGGAUACUCAAACAAGUCAACAAGUGGCUGUUGACCGGGUCUGUCACGCAAAUUGUCCUCGCGAUCAUUUCCAAAGACUCCCGGACGACGCUCGAGCGAUGGGUGUUCGACAUCAAUCUCGUCGAGCAACCGACAAAUACGUCGGAGCCCGCAGCCGCGAAACCGGAGGCGGAGAUCCAGGCGGAAAUACGCAACAUCCUGAAGCAAAUCGUGUCGACGGUGACGUUCCUGCCGGUGAUCGACGAGGCGACGGUGUUCAACAUCCUGACGUACACGACGGAGUCUGCGGACGUGCCGGCGGACGAGUGGGUGGACACGGACCCGCUGGCGAUCGAGGCGAGCAAGAGCCAGCAGGUGAAGCUGCGGAGCUUCAGCACGGACGUGCACCGGAUCGAGGCGAUGGUGGCGUACCGCUACGAGGGAUGAGCGUGGGGGCGGGUGCGGUGUGCGGCGGGUGUGGUGUCCGGACGUCUCCUUGUGCUAUUCUUGCAUGAUGUAUCAUUGGGCGUGGCCUUGCUCGGACAGAUAGCGUGCGACAACGGUGAGAGCACAGAGUGCAAGCCACGGGGAUGUGGUGCGAGUGAUGCUGCCGCGGGCGGCUCGGGGGCGUCGAUAUGGCGAUACGCUCGCUUUGGGAGAGAAGGACUUCGAGCGCGGUGGCUUUAGAGGCGGGCUGCGGCGGAUGGGUUCAGCCAGGUGGGGCGGGCAUACCGGGCGGGUGCCUGCAGCUGUGCACUGCGUCACACGUCACGAUGGACGCGAUGGACGCGACCCGCCAGGGACGCAGCCAGACUCGGGGCGGGGGCAAUAGCGGGGGCAGUAGCGGCAGGCGCUGAUGCAGAAUGAA